AUGCGCUUCCAAACCAUCGUUGGGCCCAUUCUUCAAUUAACUCCCGCUUUCGCAGACGAUUACUCCUUUCUUACUGGAAAUGAUAACAGCUGUUGUCCCGAUGAUGAAUGCUACAUUUCAAAUACCAACCGACUUGCGACGAAAGUCACCGUUAGCUAUGGAGAUGUGAACGUCACAAGUCACAUACAGCUUUGCGGGAACACAGUCCCUCUCGAGGACCUCCAUCGUAUAUAUUUCCUCUGUCCUAAUACAAUCUUGCCUCUGCUUAUCAUAUAUAUCAGCUCCUAUUGCUGCGGAAGGUGCAACGAAAAUAACCCUGGUCUACUCAAACCACUUUUUCGAACUCGACGGGACAGUCAUUUCCAAUGACGAUGCUAGAGUAACAGCCGAAAAGGAAUAUGAAAGCAAGAAUGAGGGCGCACUCAGUGAUUAUAUUGCUUGCAUCAUUGAAAAAGACACGGACCCCGAGAACAGCGUCAUUGGCGAAUACCAAUACGAGUUUUGA